CAACGGUCAAAUAUGUCAAUACUUUGCUUGCAGUGGAAAUCGUCAAAGAUUCGUACGAGGUUUUGCCGAUUAUUCUGAAGAAUAUUAGUUCCCGCCAUGGAACCUCUGACACAGGACGAUUUUAAAGCCAUGGAGGUUCAGCUGAAGACUUCUGUGGAGCUGGAUAAUAUGUACUGGAAGGUGAACAGCGUGAAGUGUGAUGCCAUCCAAACUGCUAAGACUUAUGAAGAAUUCGCGGAUCGCGUGGCUGCAGCACAUUUGGACCCGCUAGGCCAUAGCGACUUCAAGAAGAAAUGCACUCGUAAGUGGAACGAGUACUCAACUCAACGGAGGAGUCCAGAUGAUGAGUUUGAUUCUGAAGAUGACGAUAAACGAUAAACGGUGCUCAUAAUUACUUAA